AAACAACCUCACACGCACGGCUAGUCUUCCUUUUGACUUCCACAAGAAAAAAAAGACAAGCUUCAUUCCCUUAUAACCCUCCCUCUCCUUCUUCCAACUCACCUCUCAUCUCCUCCACCAUGAGCACUCUCCGGCGAACUCACUCCUCCGCCGGAAACAUACCUUUCUUAUGGGAGCAUCUCCCCGGCAUCUCAAAGGUCACAGACAACCAAACGAAUAAGAUCUCUUCACCCUCAAAGGCGGCAACCUCGCUGCCGCCUCCGCCAUGCUUGUCGACAAUCUACUCGUCGAGCCGUCCGCUUGCUCGCCGCUCCAUUUACGUUCCGCUCCCACCGUGCCCUUUCGUUCCGAUGCAAGAGUUAUCAUUAGCAAAGAAAGGGGGGACGAAAAAGAUGGAUGAUCAUGAUGAUCCUUUCCUUGUAGCCUUGAAGAAGUGCACUAGAAAUAACCAGAAAGAGAAGAGGAAGAGUGUGAAGAAGAAGGUGACAGAGAUGAAGAUUUUUUCUUGUAAGUAUGAUAUUGGGGUGAGAAAUGAUGUGAUGAUUAGGGUUUAUGAUGGGAAGAAGUUCAUGGAGGUCAAAGAAGAGUAAGGAAGGAAAGCUUAUGGCAAAGAAACUUGAUUGUUAAUAAGAGCUUUAGUUUGUCUCUUUUUACUUAUUUUCUUGAAUAGAUUUGGUUUAUGAGCUAAAAGUUGUGAGAAAAUAUUAUUUAUAUUUUUUUAUUCAUAAUUUUAUGAAAGUAUGGACAAAAUUAUUGAGUUGUUUGUAAUUCUUAGGCUUUGUAUGGAUUGAAGAAAGCUAAAAGGAAAUGAAACAAAAUAUGAAGGAUUUAUGGAUUGAUAUUAAA